AUGUCUUCCAUUCCGCCGGCCCAUGGGCGCGCCAGACAGGAAGAGACGAAGCAGGAGAAGAGCCGGAGAAAACGAAGAAGAGGCGCCGGGAAGGAGGAGCUGGAUGAAGAUGUAGUGUUUGCGGCGGAGGUGUUGGGGCUGGUUCAUGAUAGGGUUCGCGACGCGGGCGAUCUCAUGCGUGUUAUCGGGGACACGGCCGGCGGGCUCUUUGGGGGAACCUUCAAGCUUCUGAGCGCACCCGUAAAUGGCCUUUCGUCCAUGCUUGAUGCGGCCAGUCGCGAGGUGAAGGCGGACGUCAGCCCGGCGAACGCGCAACCAUCCACGCUGUCAGCUGACCCCACCAGAAGCCACGACGCCGGUGGUGGGUCAGCUGCCGGUAGUUCCUCGGCCUCUCCUGACGACUCUGGCGAGGAUACCGUGCCGGUGGCAAAGGGUCACACAGGGAGGUCCAGCGGCCAAGGUGGUGACCCCGAUCCGUUUGAUCGAAUCGGCAGUGUAGCCCUCACCUCUCUGGCCGGUUCGUUGAAGCUCCUCAGCGCUGCCGUUGGAGGGGUCGGGGACGCAGUGUUUCAAGCGGGUGUGCUGGCGGAAGGGCUGGCCGGGGGCACGGGCCAGGUGGCGGGUGAGCUUGGGUAG